AAAUGUUAUGCAAGGUGGUGAUAAUCUAGAACAGAGAAUGAGGGCAUGGUCUAGAAGAAGGAAACAGGUGUGAGCGUUUCUUGUAAUUAGUUUAUAGUAGUGGUUUUAUUUGUUAAAUCCAGUGUGCUGUUUCACGAUACUAAAUCUACACAAAUCAUAUUUUGUUGUGAGUGUUCUUGUGUAUUGGUUACUUUCUUGGGUUCAACUUAUUUGAUAAAGAUAACAAAUAGCUCAUCAAUACGGAAGAUCAAUAUAGAAAGACAAGGUUUAAGGAACAAUAAUGCGAAAAUUUAAAACUUUGGGUGCAAAAUUAAAUACAGCAUGCUUUGGCCAUGGAUGGGGACAUAUUUGCUUUGUACCAUCAGUAUUGAUCACCUAGCGCUAGCAGACCCAAUGUUAAACAUUUGGCGAGCCCUGCGGCACAUUAAGGUGCUUUCAAUUUGUAAAUGAGACUGGUUCCACACGAAUGCUUAAACAUAAUGAAUGUGGCUUUGGAAAGAUAAGCUAUUGUACUUGGAUGAUGCUUAAGUGCUAUUUAAAUCAUUCAACAGAAGGGCCAGGCUUCUUAUAAAUUCGCUUUAUCAAUUUCUUCCUAUUUGUCCUGGGAUUUGACUAAAUUAAAUGAACAUCUAGUUGUGAUUACUAGCAAAACAAAAAUUAAUAUCACUCUAGUAAACAAAAUCUACAAUCCUCUAAAGGGAAGAUUUGCUUGUUGAUCAGAUAGUACGACAAAAAAUGAACGGGAUCGGCAGUGGAACUCGCCAACUCACCUGAAAUUAUCCUAGUCCGCGCCAAAUCGCCCUCCUGUAAUGCUCUCAAAAUUUUUUAAAUAAAAAAAAGAUAUACGAUGAGGUGGACGGUUAGGAUAAGGUGAUGGGUUUGUGAUAUUGCACCAUAUGAAGACACAUGUUACUAUAGACGUACCCCACUAUGGAUCAUUUGAGGUGGUUAGGAUCGAGACACUACCCCCAAAAGCCUAUUACUUGACCAAUGACCAGAUAACGCUGAUGGACUAAUAUAUAUUUUCACAAAAAACUAUGAUCCAUAUAUAUUAACUUAAUCCUGGAUUCACUUUUAUAUUUAUCGAAUGAGUUCAUGUAUGUGAGCAAUUUGUGAUUAAGUUAAUAUAUAAAUCAUAGUAUUUUUGAAAAAGAAUAUUAGUCCCUCGCCAUUAUCCGAUCAUUGGUCAUGUAAUAAGCCUUGGGGUAGUGAUCUCGAUCCAGCCCAACUCAAUUGAUCUGUAGUGGGGUACAUUUAUACUGACAUUUGUCAUCAUAUGAUGCAAUCUCACCAACUCAUCACCAUAUCCUGACCGUCCAACUCACCAUAUAUCAAUCCUAUGUCAACUCAGGUCUCUUUUUUAUUUAAGAAAUUUUGAGAGCACUAGUGGACAACGAUUUGCGGCGGACUGGGUUCUUUCAGGUGAGUUGGCGAGUUUCAUUGCUGUUUCUUAUCAGUUUUUGUCCGUACUAUUUGAUCUAACAAGUAAAUUUUCCCUUCAGAGGAUUGUAGAUUUUGUUUACUAAAGUGAUGUUAAUUUUUGUUUUGUUGGACAUCACAACUAGAUUUUAGCUUAAUUUAGUCAAAUCCCAGGACCGUAGGAAGGAAUUGAUAAAGCGAAACUGUAAGAAACCUAGGCCUUCUCUUGAACGAUUAAAUAAAUCUAAUACUUCAAUUUUAUUCAUGUAAUGUAAUAAGUAUAUUGAUUAAGUUUCUAAACCUGCCAGAUAGUGUGGUUUUAUUAAUAUUCUGAUCAGUUUACUUGAUUGUUUCCUUUAAUUUGCUGUUAAAUGUGUUAAAAUCUAAUACUUAUCAAGAUUGUCUUGUUUUUGUGAUAUCUAGCUUAAUUUAAAACUGAAUCUUGACUUGAUGAGAUCAAUUAGGGAAAUAGCCGUGUAUGAUCUGGGACUUGUAAAUAUAUUAAGGAAAUCAUAAUAUGGAUUCUCACAUAUUUAUUGAAUUUCCGGAAGAAUGUAAUUUGGUACAGGAAGAAAUUAGUGUAAAAUGGUAAUUUGGUUAACUCCUCUUCUUCUUCUCUGUGUCUCCCUCUGUUACUUUCCUGGUAUGUAAUCCCGAAUUUACUUCAUUGUAGUGUGAAAUUGGACAUAAUCCUUAAUACACUAGUCAUACUUCACAUUUCAUUAUAUCGCCUCUGUACUAAGAAUUAUAAUGUCUGUGAAUGCAAUUGAUUUUGUGAAUGAAACAUGCCAAGCUUUUGAAUAUUCAAUUUAAAUAAUUAUUUAGGGCUUACCAAUAGCAGCACAAGUCAACCUAAUAUUCUUUCCAACUAGCAUAACUGAUUAUAUGCUUAGUGACCUGUUAUUUAUUAAAGAAGUUCGUUAGUCCAAAGACUUCACGGUCUCGAUUGUUGCUUUAGUUAUAUUAGUCACUGUGAUACUCUAUAGACAUUCACAAACAUUACACCUGAGGAACUAGACAGCAUUUGGAGCAUGUCCACCUUUUUGUUGUGAAUUUAUAUAUAUACUAAGCAAUAAAACACCACUGAAGUUUUUAAGCGAUUUUGGCAAGUAACAUAACUUAGACAUUCUGAUGUACAUGCCCUACUUAAUGUGUCUAUUACAGCAACCUGAAAGAGGGUUAAGUACUUUGUAGUACCACUUUUUUACAGUUUAGAUUUCAGUGUGACCCUCCAAUCAGAAAUCUUGGAUGUCGUAUGCUUAAGAUUAAUGUUUGUGAUGCUAAAGAAAAAGAAAAUGAAGGCUGAAAAAAAAAACUGGUUUCAUGCUUCACAAGAUGUGGACAGAAAAAUCUUUUCUGUGGAUAUCCCAGAUUUUUAUUUUUUGUUGUACUUAUCCAUUUAAGUUGAAUUACUUCUACAAACUUGUAAGAGUAGUAGUAAAUGUCUGAAAGAAGCACAAGGAAAGUCAAGAUAUUUCCAGUCUGACUACUAUGUAUUCUGUGGUUAUUAGGAAGAACAAGAGCUUGAGAGAAUCAGCUCAUUUUUUCAACGAAGGCAGAAUGGAAGUGGUUGAAAGGCCUGCCUGGGGUGGAAUGGAAAAGGCAUUUUGUAAUAAUGUUCUGAGGCGGAUUGUUGAUUAUUUUGCAGGGCGGUUUAUAAUUGACUAUUUCGGGAAUGCUCCACGAACAGUAAAACAAGAAAGAAAACAGAAAAGGAUUUGCAGGACGGGUGACGCAGUUUCGGGAGCAUGGGGCAUUCUUCCUACUGAACUUCUGGUUUUAAUUUUGGUAAAACUAAGUAUCGUGGACUACCUGUCAUUUAGCGGUGUUUGCAAAUCUUGGAGGUCCGCAUCUAUUGAUUUCCGCAAAUAUUGUAUGGAGCACCAGCAACCCGUAAUUGUUGUUCGGCCAAAGUAUUCAAAAAAGUCUUGUGUAUUGUACAAUAUGUUCGAUAUGAAAAGUUACAAAACAAUGCUGCCAGAUUUGCCUUGGAAAAAAUUAUUGGGUUUUUCAUGUGGGUACCUGAUUACAAUUGACAGAAACCUAGGCUUUUGGCUCAUAAAUUUAAUAACAAAACAUGAGCUGCGUUUUCCCGUCCUUCCUGGACAUAUGGGUGACAUAAAUUGCUCUGAAUUUCCUGCUCGCAUCUUUCAGUCAACUCGGCUUUCAGAAACUUUCAUGGUUCUUUUCCCUCUGAAAAAAAAUUAUAUAUUGUUAUACAAAAGUGGCGGCACCAGUUGGCGGAGAUAUGUUUUAUUCGACACAAAAGCCAGGAUUGCAGAUGUGAAGAUUUUCGAUGGCAAAAUCUUUGUUCUGACUUCUGAUGGACGUUUGGGAGAAUUUAAUCCGAAGGCAGGUCCUGUUCCAAAGUUCUCCAAAAUCAGCAUGCCAUUCCAGGUUUCAUCUAAUAUGAAUUUGAAAUUGGUAGAGUCAGACAAUAAGCUAUACAUGACUGUAUUGAAUAGUUAUCCUUAUCCUACAUUGAACCGCCAUCAUGUAUUAUUCGAAAUUGACCAUGAGACGAUGGAUAGAGCAAAACAGAUUCAUGACUUGGGUGCAAAAUCUUUGUUUCUUAGUUGGUUCAGUUCUGCUGUCGUCGAUACAACUGGUUGGGGAGCAGGUAACUGUGUCUGUCUUCUUCACUUAAGUGUGAACAAAUGUUCUUUCUUUAACCUGAAUGGAAAGUGGCUAGGAGCAACUCCUGUUGUUUGGGAUGGUCAUUCAUCUCCAUAUUUUUGGUAUUUUCCUAGUGAAAUUUGGUCCAUCAGCUGUGUCAGUGAUGAGUUUGGCGCAUGAUCACUUUUCAUUUCAGUUUUUCUCAUUAAGUCUGUAGUUUUUAUCUUCAUCUUACAUUAUGAAACUUUGUACUAGUUCCAUUUUGAACACUUUUAUAUAUUGAUGUUGUGAUGUUUGCCUUAGAGGCACUAGAACUCAAA